CGCGAGCGCCCGGCAGCCUGAGGCGGCCGCACCGGGACUGCGCUCCUCCGCGGGCGGGACGGAGCAGGGCGGCCGCGGGGCCGCUGGACCGGACGGCAUGGAGGACGACGAGGAGAUCACCGCCGCCACGCUGCGGGGCAAGCCCCGGCCGCCGCCCAUCUCGGCGCAGUCCGCCUUCAGCUACGUGCCGCCGCGGCGCCUGGACCCCAAGGAGCACAGCUACUACUACCGCCAGGGCAGGGCUGGAAUCAUUUCCCUCUAUGACUGUAUUUUUAAGAGGAACCCAGGUUAUAAUCAGAAAUUGCACCGAGAUGACAGAGAACACGCAAAAAGCCUGGGACUUCACGUAAAUGAGGAGGGACACUGGCCUUCCAGGGAUGAAACCACGCACGCCAGCGUUUAUCUCCCAAGUCGAGUUCCCAGGUCCCUGUACCCACCACCUAUGUGCAGGUCCUCUGGAAGGAAGGGCACUGCUUGUAGGCGGCUGCACAGGGCGAGUGGUGACCCACGGAAGGAACCAAACUCACAGGGUGAGGAGGAGCGCGAGAGGCCGGUGGGGGUGCUGACGUCUUCCGACUACGGGAAGCGCAUCCACCAGCCCGUGGAGCCUCUGAACCGGGACCACCGCCGCGCCAGCCACGUGAAGGCCGACUUCUACAGGAAGAAUGACAUCCCCAGCAUCAAGGCUCCCGGCUUCGGGCACAUUUCUCCAGCCUGACACCAUCCCGUGGCCUGAAGGGCGCGCGGACAUGAGAGGUGGCACCGGAGGGGCGAGGCGGCGCCUUCCUGGACCUCCCGGAGCCUGCCCGGCGCCCCUGAUGCGCCACGGCGGCGGCAGGGACUGCGCAGUACCACGUUCCCUCCCGUUUCCUUGGCGACGAACCUGCCCAAAGCCCUGCCAUACUUAGGAUGAACGUCUAGGAUGACGGUUUUCCUGUGAAAAGAUUUCAGAUGAAAUGAUGCUGGAGACUGACCCACUGUGAGCAUCUGAAUAAAAUGAAACCUUUGUUCCCCCUUGAUAGUGGUUGGGGUGAUUUUUGUUCACUCCUCUCCACUUUGUUCGUGCGUCUUCUUGGCAGAGGCUCUCAUGGGAAAGGUGUGCAGUUUUCCCUUAAGGGUUAUGUACCCCUAGGUACAUCAGGCACCGUCUGAUCACACAGACAAUACUCAAGAGGAGAGAUGACGGAAGUGCC